GUAAGCCAGUCCCUCCGCAGCGGCUCUAUGGGUGGAGUACAGUUUAAAAUACAGUUUUAAAUGUAACCAACACGUACGUGUGCUUCGGCUGUGACAGCGGGGCUUCCACGAAUGACAGCGCGCCGGGAAAGUUUGUCCUAAAAAGCUGCCGUGUUGCGUUUUGGGCGCCUCGGACCUUCGGCUCUAAGAUGGCUGGCUGUAGGUCCGAGCAGGCUCUGAUGCAGAGAGAAGAAUCCGCUCCACGCCGCAACUCUCUAAAUAUAAAUAGGUAUGCCCCAAAAUGGAUUCUCAGUUGGCCACCGUCCUGACCAGUGGGAACCUGGAUGUCCAAAAUGUCAGCCAGCAUGUGGAGGGAUCAGGACAAGUGUCAGAGAGUUUUUUAGACUUCUCUCUAUCAGGUAAUGUUCAGCCUUGCUGCCCUCUCAAAGCAGUGACUAUCAGGGAAGAUGCUCUGUCAAUCAAUGGGGAGAAGCCUGAAGUGGGCGGGGCCUCUGAGCCAGCCUCUCAGGAAACCAAUAAGAUUGGUGGAUUCAGACAGCCAAUUGCAGUAAAGACUGGAGUGCCUGUGUUGUACAACCGACCAAUCAGAAUCAAAAUUGUUGUCCCCACGAGGUGCAAACAGCCAAUUGCAAAGUCGACCAUCAGCCUGACGAAAGACUUUUCUCACUCAUAUUGUAGAAAACCUACUUUGGAAUCCACUGCAGGAAAAAAAGCUGUGAAAAUCCAGAAAGAAUCUGAGGAAGAAGGAGGAGAGUUGACAUGUCAACAGACUAAAGAACCUAAAACCGAAGUGCACAAAGAGAAAAGCCUUGUUGCAGAAACUCUGGCGGUCUCCGGCAGCAGUACGGUUGAAGCACCAGGUGAAACGUUGAAGAAAGAAGACACAAAUGAAGAAUGGAGGAGAAAUAAUCCUGUGAUUUUGCAAGCAGUCAACCUAAGUAGAGGUGUGGGGAGUAUCGACAGCGUGAAACCCAAGGAACAGACGGAACCUCUUGACCUCAGUUUACCCAAAAAAAGAGAGCGAGAGAGAAAAUGUGUUCGCUUUCUGGAUGAUUCUGGCUGUGAGAGCUCACUGAUUAUGGAGGUGGAUGAGUAUGAAGGAGAAGGAGACAGAGACAUAGUAGAAGAAGAUGAUGAAAAGGAGGACGCUGUGUUCCACAUGAAUGGCACGGAUUCACUUGAGGAUUCACUCAUGUUUCCCUCAUUCUUUUCAUCCUCUGUCUUUACCUCCUUAACAUCAAUCAACUGUGAUAAUGAAAACCUUCUUCUCAUAGAUGACCAGGGAAUCCCGUAUACCCUCAGUCCAGAUGGACUCAAAGUGCCCCAAGUCGAUACUUCCAAGGUAGGAGAUCCUCAGUCAGAUCAACUUCAUUCAGCAGACACAGAGGGAACGGAGCCAUUGCAUCUCCCCAAAUUAGCUGGUCCAAACCUCAACCAAAGCUUAGAUGAUGCACUGCACACUAUAAAUGCACCUUGUGAUGAUGUGUAUUCCUCACCAGCCCUUGCUACUGAUUUGCCAUUAGUGGACAUUGAUCAGUCAAAUUCUCCAGAAGUUCUCCCAGGAUUGCAGACACCUGUGACCUCAGAUUCCUCUAAAAUUUCAGAGCCAUCCGUUAAUGUUCAGGAGGCUGGUGCAGUUGUAUCCCAGGCCCCUGGGAUCCCCUGCCAGCCCCUUCAGAUCCUUAGAAACCCUUCAGCUAAUACCCCCAUUCUCCUUUUCUCAUCUACUCCCUCACCUCCUCAGCUCUCUUCUACUCCCUUGGGUCUCACCCUUCCUCUUUCUGUCACACAGAGCUCACCUGGCGCUUCCAGCCCUGUAUUGCUUCUCCUUUCCUCUGGUGACUCCACCACUCCUUCCACCUCAGUUGCUGUCCUCGACCCGUUGACUGGUCAGCUGUCCCAGAUAACUGGGUCCUCACCCUCAGUUGUCCCCCUUUCUUUGGCCUCUGGUCAGGUCAGCACAUCAGCCUCACCUGUGUCCACAAUCGCUCACCCUGUCAUCAGACUGAGUCCCAGUAAUGCCCCUUUACUACUGUCUGGAGUCAAGAACAUAAACUCCGGCUCUGUUCUCACCUCUCUCUCUGUCCCUUCAUCUACAUCUGUUGUUCAGACUGACAACAUUUCCAGAGGGGCCAUUUUUAGCACGACUCCACUCAUUCAUACCCAUAUAAGCUCUUCUGAUUUAAACCCGGAAACUGAAGCCAUACCUGCUGAAGUCUCAAAUGAGAACAAGCCAUUCACCUUCGAGGCAUCAUCGUCUCCACACCAACUGCCUGUCAGUUUGACCAGUGACCCUUUAGUUCAGCCAAGCUUAGCAGUAGAAGAACAAUCCCCAACCACAGAGCUGAUGUUUAACCCCUCUGACCUGCAACCAGAACAUUUACCUCUGGAGGACCACCUGUACUUCUCCAACACUAUAGCUCCUCUUUCCCCUCCCACUGGACCCAUUCUUUCUGCAUGUAAACUGGAUCAACUCGAUCCACUGGAUUCUCUCUCUCCUGCACUGUCACCCAAUGCCAUGGGUGCACGCAGGGUACUGUACUGCCAGCUUUGUCCGAGGGUCUUCUUUUACCUCUCUGACCUGGAGCGCCAUGCCAUCACUCACUCACAGAAGAAACCUCAUGUCUGCCAGCAAUGUGGAAAAGCCUUCAAACGGUCCAGUCAUCUGCAGAGACACAAACACAUCCACACUGGCCAGAGGAACUUCGUUUGCCCCAUCUGUGCGAAACGCUUCAGGGAGGCUGGCGAGCUGCAGCGCCAUCAAAGAGUGCACACUGGAGAGAAGCCCUACCAGUGCCAGCUUUGCCACACGCGGUUUGCCGAGCGCAACACACUGCGCCGCCACACCAAGCGUAAGCACCCUUACCACCAAGUAGCCAUGGAAAUGCUGAGUGAGAGGAGAGACAGAGGAGACGGAAGAGGAGGCAGCGGAGCAUCCAGAGUUCUGGAGGAAGAAGAGAGUGCUGAAUGGUACAGCUCCACUGUGUCCAAUCUGGAAAACUCUGAGUCUGAAAUGGAAACUUAAUAAAUGUGUGCAGUCCGACUGCAUACAGAACGGGAGAAGAAUGGAGCA